AUGUUUAGCAAUAUAGUAUUUUUAGUCCAACUUGGAUUGGUUAUUUUCAGUUGGAGAGUUGUUUCACUAGUAAAAGGUGAAGGUGAAGGCAACACUUUUAAAGAGAGAGUACACUCGCUUAGUAUGUCUCUUAUUUCAGAUAUAUUUACAAUCUUAAUGUUUGUCGUAGUUUGUAUAUUAUUCUUUUGGAGAGCAAAAUCUUUAUUUAAAGAAUUAAAAUCAAAUCCUUCAGAUCAGUGGAAAUCAUUGAUUGGCAGUCAAUUUUAUAAUGGUGGUAUAGAGUUUUGUUGUUUCACAGCUUUGCUUUGUCUGAAAUGGCCAGUUGUAUUCACCACCUUGUGGUAUUUAGGAACUGAUAAAGAAGAUAAAUCAACUUGGUAUGAUAUUUUCAUGAGAGAAUUCACACCAAAGACACAACCAAAAGAGCUAUUCUCGACUGGCGAGCAAACAGCAAAUACAGCACCAGGCAAAAAGCUAUCGGAUGAUGAAUGGAAGAAACAAUUUAGACGUGAUCUUCAAAACAUUGGUUUCGAAUUCGACGCUGAGGGUGAAAUCUCACGUUUCCCACCGACCGAAGUCAUGGAGCAAUAUCAAAAGAGUCAGAGAUUCAGAGAUUUGAUCUUUUCACAGCCAUCCGAAGAGGAUGGAGACGACAUUGUAAUUAAGGAUCAAAAAGACGUUAAACAACAACAGCAACAACAAUCAUCUUCGCAACCUGAAACUAAACAACAACCACAACAGCAGCAACAACAACAUCAAUCUCAAAAGUCAAACUCAAAAUCAAAGAAAUCAAAGAAAAAUAAAUAA